ACAUUAUCGAAGAAGGCCAAGAAGCAGCCGGCCGAAUUGGAAAAUGGAAAAGCUCGGAAGUGUGUCAUUUCACCAAACUGUAUCUGAUAUCUGCAUGACACAUUAUGAAAGGUCAUUGCCAAGAAAAGGGAAACCAGAGAAUGGACGGGAAUGGACUUUGUUGGCUGCAGUGCUACAGUCGAACUUAUGUGGGUCUGAAAGUGAAUUGAAAGUGGUGUCCAUGGCAACUGGUUCAAAGUGCCUCGGCGCAUCAAAGAUGAGUAAAACAGGUGAUGUAUUGAAUGACAGUCAUGCUGAGGUUCUUGCAAGGAGAGGAUUCCUGAGGUAUCUCUAUCACCAAUUGAGAUGUGCGAUGACAGGUAGUCAUGAAAACAGCAUCUUUUACCAGCCAGGUGAAGAUGGGAAAUGCAAAUUGAAGGAAAGAGUGAGGUUCCAUUUCUUCACCAGUCAAACUCCUUGUGGUGAUGCAUCAAUCUUCAAUAAAGAUGACGAAGCUUCUACAGAUACCAAGCCAACAUCACAGCAUGAUAUUGGACAGAACCCACAAAACAUUAUUAAUAAACAUUCAAUGAGCAGUUUGAAUAAGAGAAAAGCAGAAGAGAAGUUGAAUGGGUCCAACCUACCAAUGACACAGAAAAUGAAAUUAGAUUCAUUGCAGUCAAUUUCAGACCAUGUUGUUCCCCAAACCCAGAACCAUAUUGAGAGGAGAAGUUGUUGUAAUCAUGACCAGCAUGCAGAAAGAUGUUCAACCUGCCCUGCUGAUGAUCAUCAAACUGCAUUAGUGCCUUCAGCAAGAAUGAUGCAGGAUGAACUGGUUAAAGUUGUUACCUGUACUGGGACUAAAGUUGUGCCCUCUAGCUCACCUUGUAUUAAUGGUAUGCCAGGUGGCCGGGAUUCAGACGAAGAUGGGGGAUGCCUUUCAGGAACCUGUCCCAUAGAUGAUGAACUUUCAGUAUCCUGCGACACCUUGAACAGUCCACUGGAACUAAGUUCUCCUGGACUUGAUAUCAAGACAAGUAGUUUACUCCACAAUGAAAGUGCCUCUGAGGAAGUGCCUCCUGGCCAAAGAAGUGUCCACACCAGACACACGGAUGCCUCCAAACUGAAUAGUGCAAUACCUCUCAAGAGGGACAUUUACAGGACAGAUCCACAAGAUCAAAGUUGUCCUAGACUUGAUGUCAAGACAAGUAGUGUACUCCCCAGUCAAAGUGCCUCUGAGGAUGUACCUUCUGGCCAAAGUAGUGUCCACACCAGACACACGGAUGCCUCCAAACUGAACAGUGCAAUACCUCUCAAAAGGGACAUUUACAGGACAGGGGCCAAGCCAACGCCCAGUGGACCACAAGACCAACUAGCGGACGGUGAGGAUUACCAUACUGUGGGACUACUGCGGAUCAAACCAGGCCGUGGGGACAGGACCCUGUCAAUGUCCUGCAGUGAUAAGAUGGCAAAGUGGAAUGUUGUAGGACUUCAGGGGGCUCUGCUGUCCCAUCUUAUCUCAGAACCUGUCUACUUAUCCUCUGUUACUAUUGGACAAUGUCCAUUCAACAGCCAGGCCAUGCACCGAGCAAUCAUUGGAAGGGUGCAGCCUGUGAGCAAUCUUCCACCUGGUUACCACGUAAACUCACCGGUAGUGAUGCAGUCCAACAUCAUCUUCAAAGACUCCAAGAAGGAGGUAGAGAGGAGGAGAGAUCCAAGCAAAGGCAAGAUGACACCAGCUGGUGCAGCCAUUAUUUGGAGUUACGUACCUGACCAGCCUGUUGAUGUGACAGCCAAUGGAAAAAGACAAGGUGCUACAGCUAAGAGAUGGAAUGAUCCUCAAUCAAGGAGCAAGAAUUGCAGAUGCCACCUCUUUCAUCUUUUCAAGAAGCUUCUAGCAGGUGUAGACAGGGACAAGUUGCCCCAGACACUCCAAAGUCAUGACGACCUGAAGACCUAUCAUGAUUACAAGAUGGCCGCCAGCCACUACCAGAAGGCUUGGACACAACUUUUAAAGGUUUUCAGCUCAUGGGCCAGAAAGCCGGUUGAAUUCUCACAAUUCCAGUGAUGUGAACAUCAUUUAAAGCAUGACUGCACUAAUUGUAGCAAUGUGCGCCUUCUAUACAGCCAACAAUGCCUAAGCGGUGCACGUUGAUCCCCCAUGAUGCCCUUUUUCUUAUGUAAAUUGAGAGCUG